AUGGUGUCAACCCAUAUUGACAGAGACAAAGUGUGGAGAGGAAGAAGUGGGAUAUUCAGUGACAGACGCAUCUACCCCCAGACACAGAGAGAGGAGGGGAAAGUUCCCACUCUCUCGACCCAUCUCAUCGUCAGGCUGGCUGGUGCAGCCACGGCUUUCACCUUCGCGGCCUUCUGCUACAUGCUCACCUUAGUGCUGUGUGCUGCACUCAUCUUCUUCGUCAUCUGGCAGAUUAUUGCGUUUGACGAGCUGCGCACAGACUUCAAGAACCCAAUCGAUCAGAGCAACCCUACCAGAGCGAGGGAAAGAAUUCUGAAUAUUGAAAGAAUCUGCAACUUGCUGCGGAAGCUGGUGGUGCCAGAAUACUCCAUCCAUGGGCUGUUCUGCCUGAUGUUCAUGUGUGCUGGAGAGUGGGUCACCCUGGGCCUAAACAUCCCCCUGCUCUUCUACCAUCUUUGGAGGUUUUUCCAUCGGCCAGCAGAUGGGUCAGAGGUCAUGUAUGAUCCUGUCAGUGUGAUGAAUGCUGACAUCCUGAACUACUGUCAGAAGGAGUCUUGGUGUAAGCUGGGCUUCUACCUGCUCUCCUUCUUCUACUACCUGUACAGUAUGGUCUAUGCCUUGGUGAGUUUCUAAAACACAGAAUAGAAGACCAAGAGGAGAUUGAAAGACAGAAAAAGAGAACGAGCAGGACCAAGACCGGGUGAUGUCACUCACCCCUCUUUCUCACCACCCAUUACGCCAUCAUCACAGACCAUGAUUUGCUCUCCUCAAAUCUUUGGAUGGAGGGACGAACCUUGGAGGACAUUGUGAGGAAAUAAGGCAAAGAGACGUUGUUGAGCUCAAGACUGCAAUCCAUCUAGAAGAGGAGGAGACAUGGAAGAGCCACAAAGGAGGAGGAAUGAAAUAAAGAAGGGAAAGAGAGAACACAUCUCAACUAGUAUACGUGUUGCCUUGAUCUGACCACAUCACUUCGCAGGUCGCCUCUGCUAUUCUUAGUGAUAGUCACUCAACUGUGAAUUUAUAAACUUUG